AUGAAUAUAUUUACCGGAGAUGAAAAGAAUGCUGCUGCUUCUCCUAUUGUAAAAACCUGGGGAAAAAUCGAUCGAAGUAAAAGCAUACAAUUAAUGCAUUAUACCAGAGAUAAUAAGAAGUUAAUAGUCGCACGAAAAAAUGGACAAAUUAGCAUUUUGGAUCCAAACGAAGAUGGUAAAUCAUGUCAAGAAUUCUCCGAACCUUUCGUUACCGGAGAACAAAAAACAAGUGCACGAUUCGUGGGUUUAUUUGCAAAUAACAGCACAUUAGUAACGUGUACUGAUCAGGGUAUAGUCCAAUAUCGAUCUAUUUUAGAAGAUAAAUCAUCUACCAUAGAAACAACCCUCACACUUGUACCGGACUUGUGCCGUUUAAGAGUACAUCCAAAAGAGCAUCAUAUAUUUGCUUGUGGUGGAAAGGAACGUGAAUUGUCGGUGUGGGAUGUAAAUGCUUACAAAGAAGGAAAUUGUCUUAUGAAAUCUCAAAAAAAAAAAGAGUCAAAACCAGGAUUGGUUUGGAUGUCAAAAAACGUUAGUCAUGACUUUUUGGAUUUACGCGUUCCAGUAUGGAUUACCGAUUUACAAUUUCUCAGCGAGCAAGAAACCACGAAACUUGUAGUUGGCACAAAAUAUAAUCAAAUUCGAAUAUAUGAUACAAAAGCGAAGCGUCGACCUGUAUCUGAUUUUAACAUCGGACAUAAUCCAGUUGUAUCGUUAAUCGUUGGCCGCAAUUCAAAUGAAAUAAUUUUCACAGAUACGGUUUGCAAUGUUUGCUCAGUGGAUGUAAGAACAGGCAAAAUUUUAGGACAACUUAAAGGUUUUUCCGGUUCAGUGACAAACUUGGCAGUUGCUACCGAAUCUUCAUUAUUAGUCUCAGUUGCGAUGGACCGAUUUUUGCGUAUACAUGAAAUUGGCGCGUCGCGUGAACUUGUAAAAAAAAUAUAUUUAAAACAACGGCUCACUAGUGUGGUGGUUGAUGAGUCAGAAGAUGGAAUCCUUGGAUACAGCAAAAAAGAAGCCGAAAAAGACGAUUCAGAGGAAGAGAAAUUUUGGGAAGAUAUAGAAGAAGUUAAACCAAAGAAGAGAAAAACCAAACACUAA